CGAGCUUUCCUGAAAGUCAAAACAACCGUUGGCUGCGGUAACCGUCGUGGCUUGUGGGAAAUCCGUUAGAUACGUUAUGUUUGCUGUAAACGAUUAUUUCUUCCCCGACUCGUCACGUUGACAGCGACCGUUGAUUAGCGGUUUAGCUUGGCUUGCAGUCCAGCAUAGCUUUACGACUUACUCACUCAGAAGAAGGGAGGAAAGAAAAUAACCAGGGCGGUUUAUGAACAGCAGGUGCACGGGAAUACCAGAACACCUGCCGCUACAGGCUGAGUCACUGCUGGUGAGGAGGAAGGUCUGGAGAGGGAACGAGAGAGGAAAAGGAGGAGGUGGAGGAGGAGGGGGAGAAGAAGACGAAGAAGGGAGGGAGGCAGGGAGAUAAGCCACAACAGGAAGCAAAACGACACACACGCUUACACACACACACACACGGUGUUUGUGUGUGUGUGCGUCUGAGAGGGAGACUGCGCGAACGAGAGGGUGAACGGGAAAGGAAGGGAGGGAGAGUGACGCGGAGGCUGGGAGAGCCGGCCCCCCCCUCUCCUCCUCCUCUCCUCCUCUCCCUCUCUUUCUCUCCUCUCCUCCUCUCCUCCCCUCCUCCCGCUCUCUCUCUGUGGAGCAGGCGUGUAGCGGCAUCAGACUCGGCGUGAAGGAACCAUGAGCGAUGUCACCAUCGUUAGAGAGGGAUGGCUCCAGAAACGGGGAUCAGGGUCGGGGUGCUGACUCACUGUCCAGGUCGUGAUACAGCAAAGACUGCAGUCUUAGUCAUUUGAAAGCUUUUUACUGAAGCGAAACAGCGAGAGAGAUCGAGAAAGGCGAAUACAUAAAGAACUGGCGGCCACGUUACUUCCUGUUGAAGACAGACGGCUCUUUCAUUGGCUACAAAGAGAAACCUCAGGAUGCCGACCUGCCCUACCCCCUAAAUAACUUCUCUGUAGCAAAAUGUCAGCUGAUGAAGACGGAGAGGCCGAAGCCAAACACCUUCAUCAUACGCUGCCUCCAGUGGACCACCGUCAUUGAGAGGACCUUCCACGUGGACUCGCCUGAUGAGAGAGAUGAGUGGACGGAGGCCAUCCAGAUGGUGGCUGACAAGCUGCAGAGACAAGAGGAAGAAAGGAUCCAGUGCAGCCCCACCUCCAACAUCGACAACAUGGUCGAGGAGGAGAUGGACAUCUCCACCACACACCACAAACGCAAGACAAUGAGUGACUUUGACUACCUUAAGCUGCUGGGAAAGGGAACCUUUGGUAAAGUGAUUCUUGUCCGAGAAAAGGCCAGUGGGAAAUACUACGCCAUGAAAAUCCUUAAAAAAGAAGUCAUCAUAGCCAAGGAUGAAGUGGCUCACACACUCACAGAGAGCAGAGUACUGAAAAACACCAGACACCCCUUUCUCACUUCAUUGAAGUAUUCAUUCCAGACUAAAGACCGCCUCUGUUUUGUCAUGGAGUAUGUGAAUGGAGGAGAGCUGUUUUUCCAUUUGUCCAGAGAGCGGGUGUUCUCAGAGGAGCGCACGCGCUUCUAUGGCGCCGAGAUCGUCUCGGCUCUCGACUACUUGCAUUCAGCCAAGAUUGUGUACCGGGACCUCAAGUUGGAAAACCUGAUGCUAGAUAAAGAUGGCCAUAUCAAGAUCACUGAUUUUGGCCUCUGCAAGGAGGGAAUCACAGACGCUGCUACUAUGAAGACCUUCUGCGGCACGCCAGAGUACCUCGCACCUGAGGUCCUGGAGGACAACGACUACGGUCGGGCGGUGGACUGGUGGGGUUUGGGUGUGGUGACAUACGAGAUGAUGUGUGGCCGACUGCCGUUCUACAACCAGGACCACGAGAAGCUGUUUGAGCUCAUCCUCAUGGAGGACAUCAAGUUUCCGCGCACUCUGUCGGCCGACGCCAAGUCCCUGCUCUCAGGCCUGCUCAUCAAAGACCCCAACAAAAGGCUCGGUGGAGGACCAGAUGAUGCUAAAGAAAUAAUGAGACACAGUUUCUUCUCUGGUGUUGACUGGCAGGAUGUCUAUGAUAAAAAGCUGGUCCCUCCCUUCAAGCCUCAGGUGACGUCGGAGACAGACACCAGAUACUUUGACGAAGAGUUCACAGCCCAGACCAUUACAAUCACUCCACCAGAGAAAUUUGACGAGGACGGGAUGGACUGUCUGGACAACGAGAGAAGACCGCACUUCCCUCAGUUCUCUUACUCUGCCAGUGGGCGGGAAUGAACUGUCCAUCACAGCGACAUCAUCACAGCUGGUCUCCGAGGUCAUCAAUGUGGGACAAAAAGACCCACUGCUUUGGCCCAACCCAGACUUGAAGGAUUUUGCCCUUGUCCUCCUCGUCCUCUCCUCUUCCUCGCCCUCUCUUUUUCACCUCUUCAGUCUGCUUCUCUCUUUUAUUUAUAUAUAUUUUUUUGUGAAACCCUUUUCAGAGAGAACUUCCAGGCAAAAUUGCUUUCUAAUCCUGCACUGCAACCCUAGGUGAUCCGAACUGUGAUGUGAUCAGUUACUAUGUAAUGUCCCUUUAAUGACAGGAGCAUCACCGGUGGCCUGCUGUGCUUUGACAUGUGUCUGUCCUGCCAAACUCUAAAAAAACAAAACAAAACACACCUCUGAUCAAGUUAGACAGCUGAUGCAUUUUUUUAAGGCAACGUUUUUGUGGCUUCUUAUCUGUGAGAUGGAGAUAUAGCAUUUUAAGUCAUUCAAACCCAAACUGCCGUUACCGGUUGUAUCUCAGGCUUUUGCAAACAGACGGAUGCUCAGACUUGGAGAGACACUCUGGUCUGAGUUCAAAUCCUCACGUAAAUAAUUCUGGGAUUGAUUGAGGCUGCCUGGCAUUGAGGAAGCAGUUGUCAUCAGUGAGCAGAAUCCUACACACCUCAUGUUGUCAAGCAGGAUUUGACUCAGGUUUUGCUCAGUGCAAUUCAUUCUUGUUGUUGCUGCUAUUUCAACUACUACAGGUACUACUACUCCUACCACUACUAUACUACUACUGCUACAACUGAAACCCGGUGCUACACUAUUAGCUUAAUGCUGCAGAUCAUUAUACAGGCGCCAGCAACACAUCAGCCACCACGUAUCUAUGCUUUUACAGUUUCAGAACAGGUGUUGCCAUUACACCUAAUGUAUGUCUAUUACAUGUCAACUCUGUAUAUUAAGAUGAUGAUAAGAUGUCAAGGUUGUGUGUGCGUGUGUGUGUGUGUGUGAGAGAGAGAGUGUACGAGGUAUAUCGGUUUGUGUUUAAGAACGCACCUCAAAGCACAGCAGUUCAGAAGGAUGAAGCUCCCCAACCAUGAGCUUUACUACGUUACCCACAAUGCAGUGCAAGGUGGUUGUUAUAUCCAUCACAGCGGAGGUGAAAAUGAGAGGAAAACGGUUGGUUUGAAUGUACCCCCACCCCAAAGUUUGCUUUUUUAUUUAUUUCUCAACUACAUAUCCCUAAAUCUCUUCUGUCCCAAAAGGGAAAACAAAACCGAGACGGUACUCUGUGUCGAUGACGGAAAGCUUUACUGUGACGUAUUGUUGUCACGGCUUUGGGAAACCGUAUCUCUCUGUGUUUGUGCAGGAAAGGGAAACUGCAGCAGGAACAGAUUCACCACCGAGUGAAAUAAGAAGUCCUGGAUGGCAGGUUGGGCAAUGUGAUGAGGAGAGUACAGGUGAAAAGCUCCAAGAAAGAUGAAAUAUUUAUAAUGUGAUCAUUUAUGACAUAUUGAUGAGUGUGGUGACUGAUUUCCUGUAAGAUUCUUAUGAAGGGUUUAAAAAGGAGGUACGCAUCAACUGUUAUGGGUUUACACCAAUCACAGCAAUGGCUAUAUAUAUAGUUUUAUUUAUUGUUCUACUCAUCGUUUUAUAUUUAACUUUUUCUAUUGUUAUUACAUUAUUUUAGAGAAAAAAACAUUUCUUAGGGCUGGGGGAAGAAAAAAAGGCACCUCAAGAAACAAAAAUGGCUGAAGAAUGUAGGAGGGAAAGCAGAUAGCCUUCCUGCUCCAUAUAAUUGUUUAUUUUAAUGAUGUUUUUAUGUUGUUUUGUGACCAAAAUGUGACAGCUGAGACACGAUGGGACACAUUAAAGACAGACGAUAACUUACCCUGAACUCAAAGAAACGUUUGGGACCCAGAAAUGUAUUUAUUAUUUAUUUUGUUAUUCACUUCUUCAGCUUUAUCCAAAUCAUUCCACAGGUGUUUUGUGUGAAGGAUCAUCUCACCUCACUGGAUAUUGACACAAAUGUACCCCUUAUUCAAUCUUACCACAGGUGUGUGUUGGUAAAAGGCUGAGAGAGAGUGAGAGGGAGAGUCGAGGGAGAAAGAAGAAGUGGAAGUUGAGCAGAAAGGAAACAAGUGCAGCACAGAAGUCUGAAUGUAAAGCGGUGAGGAUGGAAAAGAUUCAAAACUGAAUUGUAAGUGCUACUGUUUACUGUAAGUGUGUUGAGAUAGAGUCUAGGAGAGAGUAAAAAAAGAAGCAUAAUGUGAGUUUGUAAGGUCGGUCACUGUUUUCCUGUCAGUGCUUUGACUUUUAGAUGAGGGAGAUAAUUUCCCCCUGCUACCUUUAUUUUUUUUGGAUGAGUUUGGAUGAUCAGAGUUGGGUGCCUGACCACUAAACCGCCACCUGCACUCUCCUCUGUCUUUAACGUGUGCUGUCAUUUCUCCGGUCUGGACGUUUGUUUGUUUGCGUCAUGUCUUCCAGUCUGACCAAUUUAAAAUCCCCACAGUUUCUCUCGUCUUCAAACGCCAGUAAGCCUUAUGGUUUAGCUCAGAAUGAGGAAAAAAACAAACAACUUUUGACAUUCACACACACACACAAAAAAAAAAUCACCAGUUGUGAGGAAAUAUACUAAUCUCUACUGCAUCAAAGAAAUGUUGCAGACGUCACCUCCAAUAUCUGGAGGAUAGUUUAAAAAGAGAGCACCGGGGGAUGUGCUCUCAUUAGGCACAGAAAAUUGUAUUCGAAUAUAUUUAUUUUAAUGUUUUUAUUGUCAUCGAUGGAUAACUUGAAUUUCUUUUGUAUUUAAUUUAUUUGAUGUCAUGUUGUUUUGGAGUUUAGCAGUAGGGGGGUAUAGUUGUGUUUCACUCUGCAGUUUAAGUUUUAAGACUUCGUUCUAAAAAUAAAUGCCUCCUUUUUUUCUUUACAGAUAUCUCUUAUAUGACACAUUACCUGUUUUUCCGCUGCUCUUAAGUCCAUAUGCUUUACUCUUGCACAUCCAUUAAAUUGCUAUUAGCUAGCAAAGGCGCUUUAUGGCAGAAAGUAUAAAAGGAUGGUGCUGGCCUGCAUGCUGUAGUCCUCCUCUGUCCGCACUACCAGUCCCGAGUCAAAGUGGCACUCAGAAGUCUUAUGAAAAAUACUUCUCUGUGAUCGAUUGAGCCUGUCUGGCACAGCUGAAGCAGCCGAAUCCCACCCAGCUGGCACCCUCGACAGGCUCAAGCAAACGCUCCCAAGUAUUUGGAAGGAUUUCAGCUUUGAUUUGACCCAGGUCUGCGAGUGACUGAGGAGUUCUAGCUGUAUGUGCACGCUUACCGCCAAAAUCAUUAGAAACCAGAGUUCAUAAAACACUGCUUUGUAGCUUUGGCCACAGCACUUUCACAUCCAUCACUUUUGAUAUGAUUCAGAGGAAUCUGAUUCAGCCCUGCUUUAAAGGAAGAUUUAUAGCUUUUUUUAAAAACAUGUUUUUAAGAAAAUGAGGAUUUUUAAAGCACAUCUCCCCUUCUCGUACGACCGAUAGCUUUGAUGUUGCUCUGAUGUCCAGAGUUGGAAAGACCUGGGCGAUUGUGUCCCACAUGCCAGAGACGAGUCAGUGCUGCCACUGCAGAGUGAGCUGUGGCUCAUGCUCAGUGGACAUUUUCAGUAAAUUGCUCAGUCCUCAUGAACUGAAAUGUUCGUUGCAACUAAACUGAUGUGACAGAGUACUCCUCUUCUGUUCUGAAAAGUUUUCCCUCCUUGUUCAAUAUCCCACUGAUUCAAGUUCAUUUACUGGCAGCAACAAUGCCAGAGGCUGAUCCUGAGGUCAGAGAUCAUGAGAACAAAACACGCUUUCCUCCGACUACUGUAAGUGGAGAAGGUGGAGCUUAGUAAUCCUCCUUAUCAGUGUGGGUUUACCUUUAAGACUAAAUCAGUCGUGAGCACGUGUCAGUAAUUGAACAUUGUCUCGGUUGUUCUCACCAAACAGGUUCUUUAACUGGACGUUGACGUCCUCACAGCUUUACUGGUGCCCUCGACUGGUGUGAAUCGACAGUAUGUGAGAUAUCCAACACUGCACUGACAGUGUUCACUCUUAAAGCUGCUGCUGUUUGUACUGUACAUCUAUCACACACCAGAUCUGACUCCAGUAGUAUUUGAAUAAUAUGUAAAAUCCUUGCAAAGACCUCAGCUGCUCUGUAUUGAUCUCGCCUGUUGUUAAUGAGCGAACAGCGUCAGCCAAAAAUCACAAGCCGCACCCAGCCUGGCGUUUAAUGCCGAUAACAAGUAAAUGGCUCCAGUGUUUGGAAGGAUUUCUGAAAGUAUUUGACCUCAUGUCUGUGACAGAAUCCCCCCCCCCCUCUUCUCUCUUUGGUACUAGUCUACUAUCAUCAUGAUUAUUAACAUGAACAAGCAUGAGAUGCAUUAAUUUAUAAACAGCAAACGAAAAACGGCAAACAUGUACAAAUACUACAAAGUGUAAUUGAGUCUUAAUUUCACAUCCGUGUCCACCUACUGUAGCUUUACAGUUGUGUGAGACAUUUUUCUGGACAGCUGCCAGCUGUCCAGCUGCAGCGUGGGCCGUGUUUCCCUGAAGCACUGUAAUACUGAAGUCAGCUCUGCUCUACGACACGUCAGUAGAGCAGAGACAAUGUCGACUCUGAGACAGUGUCGGGAAACUCGGCAGAUCGAUCAAACAGCCCUUUUCUGUCCCCCAUGCUGUUAGGAUGCAGUGCUGCUGGCCAGUGAGGCCGCGAGGAUGUGAAAACAACAAAUUACCAUCAACAUGAAGCUGUUUUUUACACUGUACAUCCUUAGUAUUUUUACACAUGAUGAAAUGUAUAUGAUAGGGAUGCACAUUAUUUUCCUUCUUACAGACAGCUUCAAUAAAGCACUAUGUCAAUCUGC